AUGCCCCAGGCUACCGCCGUCUCCGUCGACGAAGGCUCGUCAUGGAGGACGAUGCCACACAAAGACCAGCUGCUCGUGCUGUGUCUCUCUCGGCUGUCCGAACCGAUUACGCGGACAAGCUUCAGCACGUACAUAUACUAUCAGCUUCAGUCGUUGGAUCCCUCUCUCUCAUCGGCCGAGAUUGUCCGUCAGGCCACAUGGAUGCAGACGGCCCUGACGGCUAUGGUGGCCCUCGUCAGCCUGCCCACGAGCCGUCUCGCCGACUCCCCACGAUUCGGCCGCAAGGGCGUCCUGCUGGCGAGCAUGGCCGUCCUCGGCACGAGCACCCUCUGCUUCGGCUUCAUAUGCAGCUUCACGCAGGCCAUUGUGCUCCGCAUCAUCGAGGGGACUUUCAGCGGCGGGACGCUCGUGGCGCGCACCAUGAUCCCCGAGAUCGUGCCUGGCAAGAAACAUCGCGUCAAGGCAUUCCUGCUGCUGCCUCUGGCCUUCAACAUUGGCGUCCUUGCCGGCCCGCCCUUUACCGGGCUCUUGGUCGCAUAUGCCCAGAGCCACGCGGGGGAGAACGACUUCUUGGGCCGUUGGACGUAUGCACCGCCCAUGUUGAUGGCAGGCGGGAUAAUCUACACGGCUUUCUUGGCCGUCUUCUUUCUGUUGGAAGAGACGUUGCCUGCCCUUCGAGGCCAACCCGAUAUCGGGAUACGCAUCAAGAAGGCGGUCGUGAGGCUUUGGCAGCGCCACAGGUCUCGCGGGGCGACCAAGCUCGGCUACGAGCCCGCCAACACGCAAGACUCUGAGGAUUCCCAGGAUCUGGACCCGCUGUUGUCGCCAGAGGCCGAUGAUGACGAGGCUCAACGCGGCAGAAGCGAGCCUAUCCCGGCUCCCACGAGCAGCAAGAUGCCGCUGAGGAAAGCCCUUACGGCCAAUGUUCUGCUCGCGACCAGCUGCCAGGCGAUGCUCGACGGCCUCACCGCCGGCUACAACACCCUCUGGCCCUUGUUUCUCAGCGACCCGCCCGCGCCCGCGGCCCCGGGGCUGCGAGACGAGAGGGGCUCGUCCCCGCUGCGGUUCUCCGGCGGCGCCGGCCUCCAGCCGUACCAGAUCGCCCUGACGCUGACGAUCCUGGCCGUCACCGCGCUCCCGCUGCAGAUCUUGGUCUACCCACGCGUCAGCUACAAAUUCAAGCCGCUCGGCACCUUGCGGUGCUUCCUAUGGUGCCCGGCCCUGGCCUUUGCCCUCGCUCCGCUCAUCGCCGUCACGGCCAAGUUUCCUGUUCUAAUGUGGCUCGUCAUCGCCGUCGUCCAGCUGCUCAUGGUCCUGACCGCGGCCAUGGUGGUGCCUUCGGCGACCUUGAUGACCAACAAGUUGAGUCCCCACACCGUCCUCCCCUUUCUACAUGUCUGCCGCUCGAGACACAAUGCUGAUACGACUUGUCACGCACGCAGCUCUGCCCCAAGCCCGGCCGCUCUGGCCGCGACCCACGGUUUGGCCGUCACCCUGUCUGCUGUGGCGCGGACGAUAGGCCCGUUCGCGGUUGGGAGCGUCUACGCAGCCAGCCAGGCCAGCCAUAACGGGGGUCUCGCGUGGUGGCUGAUGGCCGGCACGGCCAUCUGUAUUUGUAUCAUAAGCUGGUUCGUCCAGGAUGGGACCGAGCAGAUUACCACCGCCCCGCCGGCGCGGGAGGGGGCCGGCGAGCAUGGCGCGGGAUCGAAACCCGCUGUUCGAGCAAUGGGAUGA